AUGAACACCGAAAUCCCCGAUCUCGAAAAGCAGCAGAUUGACCACAACUCUGGCUCUGACGACCCCCAGCCUAUCCACGACGAUAUGGCCCCCGUGUCUCGAAUCCGAUCCUCUGGACCCAACCACGAGUACAUUCAUAUUGCCGACCAGAAGUUCCACAGAGACGACUUCUACAGGGCCUUUGGUGGUACCCUGAACCCCGGUGGAGCUCCCCAGCCUUCCCGAAAGUUCGGUAACCCUGCUCCUCUCGGUCUGUCUGCCUUUGCCCUCACUACUCUUGUUUUCUCGCUGUGCACCGUCCAGGCUCGAGGUGUCCCCAACCCCAGCAUCGCCGUUGGCCUUGCUCUGUUCUACGGAGGUGUCUGCCAGUUCGCUGCCGGUAUGUGGGAGUUUGUCCAGGAGAACACCUUUGGUGCUGCUGCUCUUACUUCGUACGGAGGUUUCUGGAUGUCUUGGGCUGCUAUUGAGAUGAACGCAUUUGGAAUCAAGGACUCUUACAACGACCCUAUUGAGGUUCAGAACGCGGUUGGUAUUUAUCUGUUUGGAUGGUUCAUUUUCACUCUCAUGCUCACUCUGUGCACUCUGAAAUCGACCGUGGCAUUCUUUGGGCUCUUCUUCAUGCUGAUGAUGACAUUCUUGGUACUGGCGUGUGCGAAUGUGACUCAGCACCACGGCACUGCCAUUGGUGGCGGUUGGCUCGGUAUCAUCACUGCUUUCUUUGGUUUCUACAACGCCUACGCCGGUCUUGCCAACCCUGGAAACUCCUACAUUGUUCCCGUUCCUCUUGACAUGCCCUUCGUCAAGAAGGACUAA